AAACUUCUCAACCCAAACAUCAUUUUAAUUUCUGAUCGAAAAAUCGUAUUUAAAUCCCAAGUUAGAACCAAUUUAAACUAUAUCUAGGUGUUAAUGACAGUAGAUUGUUCUCUGAUUCUAGUUGACAAGAUUGGAGUUUGCAUUUGCUAUUUCUGGUUGUUGUGAAAAUGCCGGGAAGCAAUUGUGUUUUUGUUGGAUGCUCCGCCUGCAACUCAAGAAAUCGUGGCCUCUCCUUUCAUCGACUUCCAACCAACAACCCUGAGUGGAAAUCAGAACUAUUACACAUCAUAAAAUCAACUAGAGCGGAUCCGGUCAACAUCAACCGACUCACUAUGUGCUCAAGACAUUUUGAAGAUGAGUGUUUUUUUACCUCUACUACCAGUACUGGAAAAAUAAGAAGACGGUUAAAACCUGGGAGUUUACCUACUCGACAUCUACCUGGAAAGACUACAAUAACACCUGAAUUACCUGCCAGGAAACCAUUGGAAACUAAUGGUGUUAUAUUAACUUCUAUAAAACAGGAAGCUGAUGAUGAUGUUAUAACUUCUAUAAAACAAGAAACUGAUGAUGUUAUAACUUCUAUAAAACAAGACAUUAAUGAUGUUAUAACUUCUAUAAAACAGGAAACUAAUGAUGUUAUAACUUCUAUAAAACAGGAUUAUGUUAUAACUAAUAUAAAACAGGAAACUAAUGAUGUUAUAACUUCUAUAAAACAGGAAACUAAUGAUGUUAUAACUUCUAUAAAACAGGAUUAUGUUAUAACUAAUAUAAAACAGGAAACUAAUGAUGUUAUGACUGAUAUAAAACAGGAAACUAAUGAUGUUAUAACAUACCAUCAAUGUACUGUAUGUGAUGAAAUGUUUCAGCAAAAGGAUCAUUUAGAAGAGCACAGUAAAAUACAUGUUAAAGUUGAGAAACCUGAUGACGUUGAAACCGUUCGUUAUGAUUUACAGGAAGAAACAGUAGAAAAUAUUUCACAUGAAAACAGAACCAGUGAAAAAAGAACAUUUGUCAAAAAUAUCUGGUUUAAUAAAAACCCUGAAAUAAACGUCGACAAAAAAUUUGAAUGUGAUGUUUGUGAUAAAUCAUUUAAGAAUAAUAAGAAUUUAAAAGCACAUGUUAAUAUUCAUACCGGUGAAAAACCAUAUGUAUGUGAUGUUUGUGGUAAAUCAUUUAAGAUUAGUAAGAAUUUAAAAGCGCAUGUUAUAAUUCACAGUGGAGAAAUACCAUUUAUAUGUCAUGUUUGUGGUAAAUCAUUUAACAGAAAUAGGAAUUUAGCGUCACAUAUGACGAUUCAUUCCGGUGAAAAACCGUUUGUAUGUAAUAUUUGUGAUAAGCGAUUUAAUAAAAAACAUCAUCUACAGAAACAUGCCCAGAUUCAUACAGGUCAAAAACCCUUUAAAUGUGAUGUUUGCAAUAAAUUGUUUGUUAAUAAAAAUGGCGUCAGUAGGCACAUGCAAGGUCAUACUGGCGAGAAAACUUUUAAGUGUGAUAUUUGUGGGAAAGCAUACUGUGAAAUUGGUGUUCUAAAGAGACAUCUGUUAACUCAUACUAGAGGAAAACCUCACAAAUGUGUUUUUUGUAGUAAAACAUUUACCGAUAAAAGGGAUUUGACGAGACAUGUGGAAAGUCAUAUUGGAAUGAAAUCGUAUAAUUGUGAGGUUUGUGACAAGACAUUUGGUCAUAGAAGCAAACUGAAGGAACAUGCCAGAUUUCAUACUGGUGAUAAACCUUAUGAAUGUGAUGUUUGUAGUUAUUCAUGUAUUAUCAGUGGGGACCUAAAGAAACACAUGAGAAUUCAUACUGGGACGAAACCUUAUAAAUGUGAUGUUUGUGGUAAAUGUUGCUCCCAGAAGGGUAAUCUUCAGACACACAUGAAAAUGCAUACGGAAGAAAAAGAAAAAAAUAUCUUAAUUUGUAGUAAAUCACAGUCUGAUUAAAAUACAGAUUGAUAUUUCGUUUCGGUUUUUUUUUUUAUAUAAUUUUGAUGACCUACAUGAAGAUCUUACCAGAUGUAGUGGAAAUUCGCAUCAGGGGUCAUACGAGCGGCUUUUGACCCUAUGACAUCAGACAUUGAUUAAUCAAUCAGUGUUGAUGUUUCUAGUGGUUAACAACUUAACGCACAGUUUCGUGCAUCACACACCAAGAACUCGGCGUAACAGACCGUUUCAUUGGCUAAUCCCUUACUUCAACUAGAAUGCGGGUUAUAUAACAACUCUUUCAGAUCCUAGUGUAGUAAAUACAA